GCUCUUUUCGUUUAUAUGUUUAUCAUAUGGACAACCUAGAUUGAUUCUGCAAUUGUUGAACCUUGUGGUAAACACACUGAACAGUGACAACACUAUCGUUUUAGUUGUUUACAAAUUCAAUUCUUAAACUUUUCAUUAAUAAGGUUAAUAAUGGAGGAAGAAGAACAGGAAAAGCUCUCAACUGCAUUUUUUGGCUACGCAGAUAUCAAUGAUUUUUCCCAGGUAGACUAUUUUCAUACUACACUACUUCUACACUUCAAUCAAAUUAAGUCUGAGUACUUAGACUUAGAUCAAAUUUUCAAAAUGAAUGAAUUAAGAAGGGCCGCGGCUAUUCGGACCCGAGUAUCAGAAGUGAGAGUUUUGGUUUAUUAAAAAAAUAUUAAAAAUAAGGGAUUACCGCCCUAUAUUAUUGUAAACUUAUUCAAAGUUAUUCUCCAGUAAUCAUUUUAACUAAAAUAAACUACCACAAAAAACAAAUGUAGAUACUGCGGUAAAGCACAAAAAACAAAUAUAGAUACUGCGGUAAAGCAAGGGAGACUACUUCAAAAUUUGUAUCGGAAAUGGGGUAAAUUCAGAGAGAGCGGCCCGCGUCUUUUUCCAUGGCCGCCAUCUUGGUUGGGAAAUGGGUGUCGGCGUAGUAAUAUCAGACUUUUUAAUGCGAGUGUCAAUUCAUUAAUUAAAAAAUGAGUCCUUUUGACAUAUAAUUGUGUUCUGCCUUUUCACUUUGUAAGACAUCUUGACCUACAUUUCCAUCCAGCUAUUUUGGUUUUUCAAUCAACCUUUAUUUUGAAAAUCUUUGGUGCAAAUAAGGCAUCUUCGCAUAAAAAUUUUUUUGUGAAAUAAAAAGAAGGGGUCUUUCAUAUUAAAUCGUGAAAAGCAUUAGAUAUUGAAGUAUACGUGUGCCAACUCUCAUUGAUGUAGGACGUGUCCAACGUUCGUUACACUUGUCCCGUGACCAAUAUCACCAUUAGGUCAUUCAGCCUAUUUUUGACAUGGCGUGGGCCACGCCCCCUUUUUAAUGGCGGAAGUUGCUGAUACUUAGGAAAUAUUUAAUUAUUACCACUAUAUACAUCAAAAUAUUUGAUAACUUGUGUUUCAAAAUGCAUUUUGAAGACAUUUAUACUGGAAUGUUUUAAUUUGAGCUUUAAAAACCCUGUAGAGUCCAUAUUAUAAAUGAUCAGAAUUUUCCGUGUGCAACACAUUGUCAGUGGCGACCAUUCACAGCCACUUGCUUAAUGGCUAUAUCAUAGUACUAUCUCAGAGUUUCAUUCAUAAGAGCAAAUUUCAAAUAAAAAAAUGAAACCAGAAUAAACUUUUUAGCUUUAGUGCUUUUUGAACUACGAAUUUUUAAAGUGCCAGUCCAUUUGGUAUUUUCUGCUAUGGAUGAAACUUCCACACUUUGUGACCUCAUUCCGCUGAUUGCGUCCUGCGCAAUUAUAAAGUUGAUGUAAGGCAACACAUCCCCUUAUUGCUAAAAUGCUGUUUAGGGACUACUUAUUUAGAACUUUCAGCUUUGGCAAAUGACUAAUUACUUAAAGCUUUCCCUGACGAAUGGUUUAAUAAUUUUUGCACACUGCAAAGUUUUAUGAAUGAAACUCUGAGACAGUACUAAGAUAUAGCCAUUAUGCAAGUGACUGGGAAUGGCUGGCCAUAAUAACAUUUUGCAAAAAAUACAUUGAAUAAUAAUAAUACUACAGCUAUAAAUGAUGGUAAACAGUCCUGUGGAGAGUUAGUUUUUUAUUUGUGCCACAGGCGCUAUGUGUAUAUUAAGUGUUAAUUGGAAUAAGAAUGACACAAACUGAUUUGUAAUCGUGGUUUAAGUAGUUACCACCAAACAACACUGUAGUACUGUUAACAAAUUAUGGUCUCAACAAAACUGUGCUCAGGCUCGAAAUUAAGAUAGCCUACCAAUCUCAGACUUUGGACCAAAGGUCAUUUUGAACAGACCAAUAGGAUUUCAGCUUUCUGUUGAGCAAUUUAUUGCACUGCCAAUUAAGAUUUCAGUCGUAAUGGUCCGUAAUAACAAUAAUAUUAUAAGCCAUAUUUAAUUGUAACUAAAUGAAAAUUCUAUAAUUACAGACCCAGUCAGGUCAUAAGCUUUUAUAUAGAAAAUGCCUUUAUUUACUGAUAGUUCAAGUGCAAAUUUGAGGCAAACAAAUUUUUGGGGGCGGAUUUUGUUAAAAAUCAUUUAUUAACUAAGUUAGGUCAUUAAAAGUUAUAAAUAGAACAAUUAAUUAUAUUACAUUAUUAGUCAGUAACAAAUCAAAAUAAGGAUUAGUAUAAACACAACCAGGUGAAAGGACAAAUACAUUUUUGCUAUCAUCUCUUCUGUUGCUCACAGAUCAAGUGUAGAAUGAUGAAAAACUAAUUUAAGAUAUGCGCCGAAUUCAAUCCCUUCAUUUUGAAAUUAUAAAAAAAUACUUAUCCCCCACUUAAACCCAGGAAGCCUUCAAUAUCAGCUUUGUUCAACUCUGAAAGGAAUUUUAUAAUAUUCAGACAUUUAUUUUCAGAUAAAAACUUUAUCAAGCAGAAGAACUUAGAUGAUUCAGUUGACAAAUAUGUAUAAUAAUGUAGUGCUUGCAUUUUCAUGUCUUAUUUUCUUUUCUAUCUUAUCAUUCAAUGGACUUUAACCUUAACCCGAGGCAUCAAGUUCCUAAAAUUGCAUGUUUAAUUUUAACACAUUAAAUUCCAGAAAUCUCUCCGAGCUGUUCUGAAGGCCACAAAAAGUUCAAAUGACUUACCUGUUGGUGACGACUUUGAUUUCUACUCAACAUUUCGUUCGGUUCGAGAUGUUUUGGAUAUUGAAGGUGGAAGAAUCCUCAGCUUGUAAGUGUUAUUAUUCCUGAUAUGGCAGUUGAUUUAGAUAAAUUGCUGCAAGCAUUAGCAAACCAUUCUAUAUUUGUUUUAUAUUUCCAAGGGACCUAUCACACUUAUAGUGACAACUUGUUACGUUAUAUUUCCAGGUUUAUAAGUUGUACUGGCUCAUGUAGAAACAUUCAAAAUGUUGGUAGAUGUAAAUGGCAGUGAACCAUGUUUUCAAAAUGUUUUAAUUUUGGUGUGCUGCAAAAAUCUGGGAAGGGUCUCAGUGGGCCGUGAGCAGAGCACCGAAUGAGACUAAGCAGCUCCAAGAUGCUUCUCACCCAGGAUUUAUGUUUUUUUAGAUGUCAUUAUUUCUUAUAAUUGUCAUGAUCUACACGAGUAUAGAUGUCAUUUUAUUUUGAAACAGAGUUGUGGAAAUAAGUGUAGCAAAAUAUUUUAGACAGAUACAUUUAAAAAAAUGUUUUAUUUUCUUUUGUCAGACUUCAGAGACUGUUGAGACAUCAAAAUGUGAAGGGUAACCUAAUUCAUGGGGACCUUGUAGAGAUGGAAGAUAAGUUUGAUAUACUGAUGGAUGCCAAUGACCAGAUAUUGGAGAAAGCAGUAAGUGUCCAGUGUUUUUGCCAGGAAUACGCUACAAAGUUUUUAUUAAUUUUAUUAUUAAAACUAACCUUUGAUGUGCUAUUGCUUCACUACCCAGUUGCUUACAGUUUGGAUAUAAUAUAAAUUUUCUUUGCAAGGGAACUCUUCUUGAUGAGGCUUCAGGACUUGGCAAGGAGGAAAAAACAUUGGUUAUGGCUACCGCUACGGCGUCCAGGGCUGCAUCAAGCUGGAAUAAAAAGGUAAUUUAUUGGUAUCAUUUAUUUGUUUUAUUCACCUUCAGUUGUGAAUGGAUCAUAAAUAUCACACGUUGUCAUAAAUGUCUCAAGUUGUCAUAAAUGUCCCAAGUUGUGUUUUCUGCUUUUUUGUCAAUUUUUUAAAAUUCAUUUUAUAUUGAUGAGAAACUUGGCGGAUGUUCAGGUCUUCCUUGAUCUUUGAACAGAGUUUAUCAUGUCACAGUUUUAAAUGUCCAGGACUUCUUUUAGUCUAUUUUUAAACACCCUCAUCACAUCAAAGACUGCUGAUUCUCAUAGUGUGUUAUAGCAUAAAGUUUUAAAGAAUGCUCAGUUCAAAUGUUUUGGAAUAUUUGUACUUAGACUUUGAGGAGAAGUGAUGAAAUACCGGUAAAAAAAAAAUACAGAUUUAUUAAGAUUGCCUGCCUUUAUUCUAAACAGCGACCUAAAGUACCUCACAAAAAACCCCAAGAAAACAUACAAUCACUUUUAUGAUAUUUUAUUUGUUCCAGUUGUGGCAUACCGCUUGAAACAUAGAAUCACUUUAAUAUUUUACUUGUUCUAGUCUCAGGAUAGCAACAAGCCAGUUGUGGCAUACCGCUUGAAACAUAGAAUCACUUUAAUAUUUUACUUGUUCUAGUCUCAGGAUAGCUACUAGCCAGUUGUGGCAUACCGCUUGAAACAUAGAAUCACUUUAAUAUUUUACUUGUUCUAGUCUCAGGAUAGCAACAAGCCAGUUGUGGCAUACCGCUUGAAACAUAGAAUUACUUUAAUAUUUUACUUGUUCUAGUCUCAGGAUAGCAACAAGCCAGUUGUGGCAUACCGCUUGAAACAUAGAAUCACUCUAAUAUUUUACUUGUUCUAGUUUCAGGAUAGCAACAAGCCAGUUGUGGCAUACUGCUUGGAACAGAGAAUCACUUUUAUGAUAUUUUCUUGUUCUAGUCUCAGGAAAGCAACAAGCCAGCUGUGGCAUACCGCCUGAUGACGGCAAGGAACAUUCAGAGACCGCAGCUUAGUUUUCAAGAUAAGAUUGACAACAGCAAUUUUCCUUUUAAGCCUCAACUUAGACAGAAGCCAAAUGCCUUAAAGUCGCUAGAAGGUAAAUAAUAUUGUCUUUGCAUGAGAUGAAAGAAGGCAUAGAAGGUAAAACAUAGUAAUAUAGUCUUUGCAUGAGAAUAAAGAAGGCAGAUUUUUUAAAAGAUAAGAUGCUCUGAUUGACUUGUAUGUAUACAUAUGGCCAAAUGGACUUUUAUCAUAAAUGUGGACUCGUAUUAUAAAUAGUGCCACAUGGCCUCGUAUUAUAAAUAUGGCAAUAUAGCCACACGGACUCAUAUGUAUAAAUAUGGCCACAUGGACUUGUAUGUAUAAAUAUGGACUCAUGUAUAAAUAAUGGCCACUUGUAGCAAUUUAUCAUUCAAAUGAAACCUUGAAUUCUUCAAAUUGUGUUUGCAGAAAGCCUGAAACUUCCAGAGGGUGUUAGCCUGGAGGAAACGGAGAACCCAAUGUUUGUGUAAGUUUUGAUGGAAAUUAACUCACAUGUGCCUUAAGGAUACAAAUCCAAGCUGCAGACAUGUUGUCAUGUAAUGCUUGUUGUUACAGAGAGCUUGUUUACACAAUAUUUCUCGUACGUGCCCUCUGAUUGACCCCGCAUGAGACGCUGUGUUCACAAAGGGGUGUGGCUUAGGUCUUUGAUGUAUUUCUUGUUUACACCGCCAGCCACUGAAAAUAAUUAAUCUGUUCCAAAUAGUAUUUGGUAGAAUGAUUGGGAUUUUUCUCGAAAUGUCUCGAAGGCAGGGCUUGGGCGUCGGUAGACCCACCUAUAUAAGGGAUUGACAGGCACGGACGACAGACGGAGAUUUCAUAUAGAUUCUCUUAACAUUACGAGGCGUGUUUUAUUCUUUUGUGUAUUUGUGUGCUCCUACUUAUAUGUGUUUAUUUCGCAUUAUUUAUUGGCAUCAUUAUUUCUAAUUGUAUUAACUGUGUACCGGUACGACAUCUGCCAUACUGUAAGUUGAAGAUUGUAAUUUUAUUUUAUUUUAUUUUGUAAUUAUCUUAAGACAUAAUAAAUCGUAAUUAAUUGUGACUAGAAACUGUUUUGGGUCGUAUCCUUAAUAUUGUUGAUUAUAUGGUAUCGUCCUUUGUUAGGCACUGUUUACAACGAGCCAAUUAAAAUUAAAAUAGGAGAUUAAUUUCUCCCAAUACAAGUCAGUGCGUAACACUUGUUCUGAUUUAAUCACCGGUACCCUUAUCUUUUGUCUGCUUACAAAAGGUGCUGUGAAUUGUCUCAGAGAAAGGCAGUUUAGAAGGGAGAAAUGUUGAAUAAUUUUUGUAAUGAUUUUAAAAUUUAUUGAGUAAUGUCAGACCUCAGUGUUUAUGUCUGGUCUAUUUUUAGCUAUCCACAUCCGUACAUGUUUGAACUGGAUGCAUUCAAGCCAAAAGAAACAGUUUUUCAACAGGUUGUUCCAAAGGUAUGACAGUCGUAUUUUUUAAAUAAUUUUUUGGACACCAGAAAGUAAGAUAAUGAAAUCCUUCUGUGAUUUCUAUUUUAUGAACUAUUUUCCAAGCAAGAGUUUAUGUUUGGAUUAGUGUGUCUUUCUUGAAGUGGUCUAAUUCAAUUCGUAAGGACUUAUAGUUUGUUUAAAAUGAUCACAGUGGAGAUCAUCGAAUCCCUGCAUUGCUUCUAUUUUACUAACUAACUGUUUAUGUUUAAAACCUUUUAUUUUUUACCAGUUAUAUAUUUUGAAAACUUAGAGUUUAUAAUUGCAUUUGCAUCUUUCUUAACAUGGCUUAAUUGUUCGUUAAGUACAAAUUUUUUGUUUGAAUUCAACUUCAGGAGCCUCAAUCCUUGGACUCAACACCAUUGACAAUGGUGGAGACUAAAGAUCGGUUCCUGGAAAUGCUUCAACACUUAAGAGCUCAAACAGAGAUAGCAGUCGAUUUAGAGCAUCAUUCUUAUCGCACCUUUCAGGUAAUUUCAUUCUUUGAUUCCUGCAAGAGGGAAGAGAAAUGGGUACUGCAGGUUGAAGGUCAAUCAGUUUGUUUUUGUAAGUUUCAAAAGUAACAUACUUGACACCAUAAAAUAAGAAAAUUUUAAAAAAAAUGUUAUUUACAAGCAAGUAAAGAUUCUGAGAAAACAGUUUAAUUCUAAUUUCAAAAUGUAGUACAAUUAUUCUUUCAUGAGUCUUUAUAAUCAAAAAUAGUGGUGGGAAUGGACAUUAUUAUUUUCCUGCCUGAAAACUUGUUAAUUUCUUGAUAAAUUCUUUGAAAGACAGGGUUCAUAAUUGUUUUUUUUUUUAUAGCUACUGGAUCAUAUUUAAAUAAUCUUGCACAUUACAUUUGUUUGAGGAAAAAAAAUUUUUUUUACAAUUUAAAAAAAAAAAAAUAAAUUAAUGCUUUUAUUUUAAAGAAAUUUUUUUUUUUUUUAUAGCUACUGGAUUAUAUUUAAAUAAUCUUUCACAUUAAAUUUUUUUUAGGAAAAAAAAUUUUUUUUAAAAUUUAAAAAAAAAAAAAAAUCACUUAAUGCUUUUAUCUUAAAGAAUUAUAGAUGAUUGUUUGGGAAAUAUUUUCUGGAAAAAGGCGACAAGAAAGUGAGAUAAACAUUAUCAUCUCAUUAAAAAAACAUUUACUGAUGUUGCUUUUUACUGCAUGGUCUCUUCCAGGGAUUUACCUGUUUGAUGCAAAUCUCCACAAGGUCCCGAGACUACAUCAUUGACACGUUGGCACUGAGAAGUCACAUUCAUUUGAUCAAUGAGAUCUUUACAGACCCCAACAUUACGAAGGUUUUUUAAAUUUUUGUCAUUGUGUGUUUUAUUGUUGUUAUAGUUGUAUAUUUUAUAGUUUUCCCUGUGCUUCAGUGAGUUAGGCAUUUUUUUUUUCUAACCACCAAGUAUAUGUAUUUUACUUUUUCCCAUGUAACUUGAAAAUGUUAAUUAAUUUAAGUAGAUGCAGAUUUUAAAAGCUAAUUUUGUAAACCUUAUUAUGAAUUCAGUCGGAUAUAAUUUUGUUCAUUAAUAAGAUAAUUCAGAUAUUAGUUAGUAUUUAUCAAAUGAAAAUGAGUAUAUUUAGUUAAAUAAGGAAAUAUUAAGAUUUGUUUUAAGGAGUAUUCAAUAUAUAGUUAAAAACAUCUGAUUGCCUGCUUGUAAAAGUUUUUAAAUAUUCAAUUUCAUUUGUAUAAAUAUUUUGCCUUCACUGUCACAUGAAUAUUUUUUUUAAUUUGGCUCAAAUUGUAAAUAAUUUUUUUUUUUUUAAAAAUGGUAUUUUUAUGAAUUUGAUUGAUCAAGAAUCUGAACUCUUUGUUCUUCAGGUGUGAAUUUGAUUGAUCAAGAAUCUGAACUCUUUGUUCUUCAGGUGUUUCAUGGAGCAGAUUCUGACAUUGGAUGGCUGCAGAGAGACUUUGGUGUGUACGUUGUCAACAUGUUUGAUACGGGGCAGGCAGCUCGUGUGCUGGGCUUUUCAAGGUUUUCUUUGGCUCAUCUCCUCAUGAGCUACUGCCGCGUUGAAGCGGACAAACAAUUCCAGCUGGCCGACUGGAGAAUCAGGUAAGUGACAUAAGGUGGGGAAUGUUGAAAGUUGUUAUAAUAACUCCAGGAUACCUAUGUCCUUCUUUAACUGAUUCCUGAACUUUUGACUUGUACAGACCAGGACUCCCACCGGACAAAUUAAUACCAUAAGAAAUAACAGUUAAGGAAAUAAUGUGUUUUAAAAAUAAAUCAAUACUUUUCUCUGACAUAUGUUACUUUGAUGGACUGGCAACAAAGUCUUAGUUGGCACUGGCGGGCUUCAAACACUCACAGCCAAUGCCAGUCCUCUUCUCUACAUCAUCAAACCACACAUGGCUGGCUUACAAUGCUCACUGCCUAUGCCAGUCCUCUUCUUAAUAUCAUCAAACCACACAUGGCUGGCUUACAACAAUUCACUAUCUUUACUUAUUCUGCCAUAUUUUCUAAAAGAUAGUCUUGCAACACUUUUGCCUUCUGGGCAAUCAUAGGUCCUGAAAUACUUGUGUCCAAAUCAACAGCAGUUUUUCAAUCUCCUUCAAAAUGUCCCUGAUCAUGAUGUAGAUUUCAAAACACACACACCACCAACCCCACCCUCCCCCCCCCCCGACCCUGCAAUGUUAGCUGAUUUAAUCAUGUCUUUAUUUUCACAAUUGUAGAAAUUGUUGUUGGCGGCAUGCCGUGAGCCGCUGCUAAGUUAUGGAUCUUUGCACCCGUGUAGGGUAGGGGAGCUGAUCCCUAUAGAAAGAUGUUGAAAUAAUAUGGCAGCUGUACAAUUAUUAAAGACUAGUCUACUGACAAUUAUUAAAGACUAGUCUACUAACAAUUAUUAUUUUCAUUUUUCUCUCCAGACCUCUGCCAUCAGAACUGAUCAACUAUGCAAGGGAGGACACCCACUACUUGUUGUACAUUUUUGACAUGAUGAAGAACCAGCUGAUUGACCGUGGCAAUGUACAGAACAAUCUCCUGAUGUCAGUCUUUGAAAGAAGCCGAACAGUAGCAGCAAAGGUUGGUGCAUUUUAUUACUUAACGAAUAUGAAGCAAAACUUUAACAGCAAAGGUUGGUGCAUAUAAGACUUGACAAAUCUUCAUUUUCCUCAAUGGACCGACUGAGUUCAGGCUGAGAUGAUACUGCAGCAGAGUGUCUACUUGUGUCGAUAAAGAGCAUGGUAUCAUUCAAAACAAAAACCAACUUUUAUCAUCCGAUAAGCCCCUCCGUGCAUCCCACUUUGGAUAAGCCCCUCCAUGCAUCCCACUUUGGAUAAGCCCCUCCAUGCAUCCCACUUUGGAUAAGCCCCUCCGUGCAUCCCACUUUGGAGAAGCCUCUCCAUGCAUCCCACUUUGGAUAAGCCCCUCCGUGCAUCCCACUUUGGAUAAGCCCCUCCGUGCAUCCCACAUUGGAGAAGCCCCUCCGGGCAUCCCACUCACUGAUUCGCUCUGACCGCUGAGUCAUGGCUUUGUUUUCUUUGUUAAUUUGUUAAAUGUAUGCACACCGGUAAUGACAUGGAACCAUCACAUGCUUUCUAUCCAGACAUUGUAAGCUCUCCUCCUAGAGACAUAGACAUUGUAACCAACGCUGAGAUUCUUACACAAAAUUGAAGUGUGCUCCUGAGGUUUAAAAUAUUCUUUGAUUAUAUUAUUUUUUGUAAUGUUUCAAAUUUUCAUUGCUAAGAACCACUAGCAAGUCUUUAGUGAUGUUGCUAGUUUAUAAAGGAAAUAAAUAAAGUGUCUUAAAAAUUUAAAGUGUGCUUUUAUUUAGUUGAGAUAGCUGGAGUGGAAUAUAUUUUUGUUUUAAAAAUUAACUAAAUAAUUAUGUCAAAGUUUUUUUUACACAUUUUUUUCAUUUUAUUUAAAAAAAGAUUGACUCUUAUCUUUUUAUUUGAUUAUUUUUGUAUGAAUUAGGUUUACCAGAAGCCAGUGUUCACUCAACAAGAUUACAUGGAACUGUACAAGAAAAGCAGAAAAUCAUUCAACAACCAGCAGUUGGCUGCUUUACAAGAAAUCUAUGAGUGGAGAGAUUCUAUGGCACGUCUAGAGGAUGAAAGCAUAGGGUAUGUAGUCAUUCUAUGUUUAGCACUUCUAGAAGGUAAAAGCAUGGGGUAUGUAUAGAAUGUCUAGAGGAGAUAAUCUUGAUGAAGAAUUCUAAAACCAUAUGUUAUAGAGAGCUUGUUUACAUAAUAUUUCUCGUGCGUGCCCUCUGAUUGACCCCGCAUGAGACGCUGUGUUCACAAAGGGGUGUGGCUUAGGCCUUUGAUGUAUUCUUGUUUACACCGCCAACUACUAAAAAUAAUUAAUCUGUUCCAAGUAGUGUUUUGUAGAAUGAAUCUGAUGGUUCUAGAAAUGCCAUGUAGCUUGUCGAAGGCAGGGCUUAGGCGUCGGUAGACCCACCUAUAUAAGGGAUUGACAGGCACGGACGAAAGACGGAGAUUCAGAUAGAUUUUCUUAACAUUACGAGGCAUGUUUUAUUCUUUGUGUAUUUGUGAGCUUGUAUGUGUUUAUUUCGCAUUAUUUAUUGGCACAUUAUUCUAACUGUGUUAACUGUGUACCGGUACAAGAUCUACCAUACUGUAAGUUGAAGAUUGUAAUUAUAUUUUUCUUUUCUUUUGUAAUUAUCUUAAGACAUAAUAAAUCUUAUUAAUUGUAACUAGAAACUGUUUUGGGUCGUUUCUUUAAUAUUGUUGAUUCUAUGGUAUCGUCCUUUGCUAGGCACUGUUUACAACGAGCCAAUUAAAAUUAAAAUAGGAGAUUAACUUCUCCCAAUAUAAGUCAGUGCGUAACACAUAUAUAAUCCUCAAGUUUAUUACCAGCAUUCAUGUAGCACCUGAUUUAUUAAAACAAUACUUGUAGUGUGGACUGUAUCGCUUGCAUUCUUGUUGAAAAUAAAAUAAUUUUCCCUCUAUCUUUUAUAUUUCUAAACUAAGUUCUCAUUUUAUUCUCUUUUGUUUAUUGGCUGAUGAAAGCUGUCAUCCGAAAUGUCAUGUUUAUAAUGCGUUUUGUCAUUCAGGCUUUCACAUACCAUGUCCUUACUAUUUAAUCUCAGUAGGGCGGGGAUGUUUCCAGAAGUUUCGUGUAAAAAGUUAAGUCUUGUCUUUGUCCCUCAGUUACGUACUCCCAAAUCACAUGAUGCUUCAAAUAGCUGAGAUAUUACCUCGUGAACGACAGGGUGUGCUGGCAUGCUGUAAUCCAAUACCCCCACUUGUGAGGCAAAGUCUUAUAGAGUUGCACCAUAUGGUCUUACAGGCUAGAGAUCUUACACCAUCCAAGGUAAACAUUUAAGUCUUAUAGAGUUGCACCAUAUGGUCUUACAGGCUAGAGAUCUUACACCAUCCAAGGUAAACAUUUAAGUCUUAUAGAGUUGCACCAUAUGGUCUUACAGGAUAGAGAUCUUACACCAUCCAAGGUAAACAUUUAAACAACCUUUGUCCUUUUAAAAAGAGACAAACAUUCCAAUGGUUCUAUAUACCUGGUAGUUAAAAGUGUGCAGUAAGAAAGAAAAAAACCUGGCCAGGCAUAAAAGUAAUUGUAUGAUGCUCACGUAACCCUAUUUCUAGCAACAACAAUGGAUAUUUCUUGAGUUGUUCACUGUGCUCUGUUCCUGUGAUAUUUUCCUUUGCUCCAAGGAAGGCUCUAUGCUGAAACAUUCUAAUCUCAUUGUCCUGUCCUUAAAUGCCAGCUUCCACAAACCUUGUUUAGCUAUUUCAUUUACCUAGCUUGAAUGCAGUCCUUUAAUUAUUAUAUCACAUAUAGAAGACUGUUGUCAUAAGCCUUUUGAUUCCAUUUCUCAACCUAAAGCCAGCUAUCAAAAUGCCCAAUGCUAUUAGAUUCUGUACCAUGAUAUACAUAGCAUACCAUACAAGCUUAGCUGACAGUUCCCGAACUGUAAUUUUGUGAGAUUGAUGAAACUAUUUAACCAGCUGCAGGUUACUACAUCUAUCUUGUUGGUAAUCAAAGUUGUAAUUUAUUUCAGACAGAAAAACCUUCAAAUGUCCAACAACAGCAAACAAACCUGACUCUGUUUGGUCCUGAAACUUCACUCACAUGUCCACAUGACAUGUCACAUAUAGAGUCUUGGAAGACCAAUAUAGAGCAACAAAUUUCAGGUGAGGUGCACUUGGUCAGCAAGUUGCAUAACCUUUGUCAAACCUUUCUUUUCUAAAAAAAAUAAAUAAUUAAACCACGAUACCGGGUCCUGUACUUAUUUUCAUCAUCUCUUAUUGCACUUUUUUUUUUCCAAUCUACAAUUUAUAGAACUUCUACAUACAAUGAAAAGAAAUAGUUUCAAGACGAUUCUGACAAUGAAAUAACAUUGUUAUUUUUAAAAGUCUCCCUUUUUAAAAUCCCAUAUCAAUGAUUAUUUUGAAAAACUUAGAAGAACAUGUAAAUCCCUUAGCCAGGUCCUUGGAAAGUUUGUACAAAAGCUGUUUUGAAUUUUGCAGAGACGGGAUUAGUCGCCCACACAGCCAGUAUGUUUAAUCUUUCAUCUGUGAUCACCAAGACGCUACCAGUCAUCUCAGCCUUUACUGCGAAGCCAAUGAAGGUUCAUGUAGUUUAAGAUGUAUAAACUAGCCAGCAUUGUUAGUGGACAAGAGUAUUAACAUUUGUCAAGACGUAGCUAGUUCUAAGGAAUGUCUUUACAAUUUCACCUGUCCUUUUACCUAUUUAAAAAUGUUCUAAUAUUAUUUAUAUUAAAGUUAACUCAAUUUAGAAAGAUAUCAUUUGAGAAUUCAUGAAAUAGAUUUUUUUUCAAAAGUAGUUAUUUUCAAUGUCAUCUUUAGUAUAGAAAAUAAAGGAAAUACAAAUCUGAUUUGUUUUGAAUUAGAGUAUUAUAACAGAAAAAAAUAUUAUUUGGCAUUAAUUAGAUAUUUGUAAUUGUUUUUCCAUAACUAAUUGGAAAAAAAAUUGCAUAAAUACAAUUUUUUGAGAUGUUUCUAUCUUUUAAAUAAAAAUUCUUCCAGUCCAAAACAUCUACUGAAAAGUUGGUGGCAACCUUGAAAUCAAGCUUCCUGAAUCCAUUUGUUAGGGUACGAUAUUAUCAAUGUCAGCUGAUUGAAUAUUGUCUGCUAUCAUUUUUUUUCUUUGUCUCUUUGCUUUACUUCAAAUUCUUUAAAAAUCAUAUUAAUAUUUCUUACUCUUGCUUCAUCUAAUGGUAUGAAGAUGUCUAAAAUCUGAGAUUAAUUUUUUUUUAAAGUUUUUUUAAUUUGUCUGGUAUAUAAAAAAAAAAUAUCUAGUAGAGAUAUGAGGAAAUUUCUUUAAAAUCAUGGAAAAUAAUCAAAGAUCAUUUGUUGAUAAAGCCAAACAUCAUGGAACAUAAUAUGUGAAAACAUCAUUCAGUGAUUAAGUUAAAACAAUGUAAAUGAUUAUAACUGAUUUCUAAUUCAAAAUGAAGUUAAGAGAUCGAGUUGUUAUUUAAAGCAGUUUUAGGGACUGAACUUAACCAGAUUUGAUCAACAUUUAUUGUUGCUUGUAAAUUGAAUUAAUUUUAUUAAUUGAAUGCUUGACAAAUGAUUGCUUGCAGUAUUUACCAAAAGAUUCAGAAGGGAUCAUCAGAGCUAGGGUAAGUAUGUCUGCUGUAAUCUUUACUAAUAUCUAUUUACAAAUAUAUCAUAUGUGAUUUAUAGGGGAUGAAUAAUGGAUUUACUGGAUAGAAAGAAAAGAAUUUAGGGGAUGAAUAAUGGAUUUACUGCAUAGAAAGAAAAGAAUUUAGGGGAUGAAUAAUGGAUUUACUGGAUAGAAAGAAAAGAAUUUAGGGGAUGAAUAAUGGAUUUACUGGAUAGAAAGAAAAGAAUUUAGGGGAUGAAUAAUGGAUUUACUGCAUAGAAAGAAAAGAAUUUAGGGGAUGAAUAAUGGAUUUACUGGAUAGAAAGAAAAGAAUUUAGGGGAUGAAUAAUGGAUUUACUGGAUAGAAAGAAAAGAAUUUAGGGGAUGAAUAAUGGAUUUACUGGAUAGAAAGAAAAGAAUUUAGGGGAUGAAUAAUGGAUUAUUAUUUUUUUAAAACCAACCUCAAAUUUGCUAAAAUUUUUGGAGCCACUAAAAAUAUUGCCAAAAUUCUCUUCAGACUGAUGACCUUUGGAGACUGAAAGCCAGCACAGUACCACCACAGAACCUGAAGAGGAAAACUGACAUCAAACAGGAAGAGGACUUGGACAGUUUUCAGCCAGUGUUUGGUCAGAAGAUUUCUUUAUUAGUUUUACCACUAUUUGCUUCAAGUCCAAUCACUGUGGUAAAGCUCUGAGAUGUUGUAGCUCUAUAGUUGAUUUACAUAGAGAUGAACUGUGAUAAAGCUUAAGCCGAUUAACAGACAGAAAAUAUCUGAGUUUACUCAUUUACAUACAUCUUUGCCUAACAUUGUGAGAAAUAUCUUUCCUUGCUGUAGACUUAUUAAAAUGACUUUAUUUUCUUGCUGUAGACCUAUUAGAAUAGAUUUAUUUCCAUGCUGCUAAAGCAUCUUAAACUAAAGCAGAAUGUGAAUGCAUCUUGAACUAAAGCAAAAUGUGAAUUGAGGGUUAUUUUGCCACUUGUGGAUGGGCUGUGUUGGUAAAAAAAAUAUAUUUAUUAAAGCUUCACCAUUGUUAUAUACACAGAUAGUUUGUGUCUUGAAGUCUCAUUUUAGCAUUAUUUAGUCUUUCUAUAACUUAUCAUUAUUCAGUAAAUCUAUAAUGUGAUUGUUGACCAACAAAACCAACUUGGAUUUGCUUUAAAUUUUUAGAUAUUGUUUAAGCACAACUUUGCUUUUUUUUUUUUUUAGUGCUCCCUCAAAAGAAACCCAAGAUAAAAAUCCACACAAAAGACUCUGAGGUGCCUACCAAGACCUCCAGCAGCAUCUUUAGCAUCCCUGAGAAAGAAGUCUCACAAACUGGCACCAGUGGGAAAAGACCACUCAAAAAGUUGGAACAGCAGGUGGAAAAAAAGAUCAAGUCGUUGAGGCAGGAGGUAAAUAAAUAAUCUAUAAAUACCAGUCAUUUUUUUCCUGCACAGGCAGAUGUCAGGUACAGAUAUGGAGAUAAAUGAUAUUGUUUUUUUUUUAUUUAUCUGUUCUGCUUAUCUAAGGAAAAACUGGAAUCCUUUUAAAUGCAAGUAGACAUUAUCUUAUUUUGGUGUGUGCUGCAGGGGUUGUGCUCUUCUGGUUAAGUCAAAGCAAAGGGAGACAAAUUUUGAGUGCUUGUGAUGAAACAGGUUCAACAUUGAAUGUUUAAAAGUUUCCUUAAGAUAUUUGCAUAUUUUAUGCCAUAUUAAAAUUAUGAUUUCUUCUCACAUGAUCAAUAUGGUAUAAUAACAUCAUGUUUGCCAAUAAGCUUUCUUGCUUGUAAGACUAUUAUUUAAAAGUGGCACCUAACCAGGUGCAGUUUUUUACAUCAGGUUCGGGUACCUUGAGAAAAUACCCGGUGGGUCCAAGUUUUACAAAAUAAAGAGUUAACUGGAUGGAUCAGUCUUCAACCUUAAAGAGACUUGAAGCUAAAACCAAGGUCAAACAUAACACCAUCAACAAGCUUCUGUUUGCGGACGAUUGUGCCCUCAAUGCUACCUCAGAAGCCGCCAUGCAACACAGCGUUGAUGUCUUCUCUGAGGCCUGCAAUAACUUUGGCCUCACAAUCAACACAAAGAAGACUGAGGUGAUGUAUCAGCCAGCUCUCAGUAAGCCCUAUGUUGAACCCAACAUCAUCAUCAGUGGACAGCGUCUUAAUGCGGUGGAUAAAUUUACUUUCUUGGGCAGCAUCCUCUCCAGCUCUGUCGUCAUGGAUGAUGAAAUAAAAGCCGGACUCGCAAAAGCUGGUGCCAUAUUUUGCAGGCUCCGCAGCACUGUUUGGGACAGGAGAGGUAUCAGACGAGAAACGAAAAUCAAGGUCUAUAGCGCAGCAUCCUCUCGACAUUUCUCUAUGGAUGUGAAACAUGGACAGUCUACCUGCGUCACGCUAAGAAACUGAACCAUUUUUACACAACUUGCCUGAGGAAACUCCUCGGCAUCAGGUGGCAAGUCAAAGUUCCCGACACAGAGGUCCUCGCUAGAGCGAACCUACCUAGUAUCUUGAUGCAGUCUCAACUCCUUUUGACAUGCUGUUGAGAGUCAGUCAUUGGCAGACGUCAUGCAGCUAUACAAGCAUAUCUAUCUCUCUCUUAUCGAUUCCGCUGUCCAGACUUUGCGGGAGUGGAUUGGUGAUGUCAAUUCAUGGAUGACACUCAGCAAGUUGAAGCUUAGUGAUGAAAAAACAGAAGCACUCCUCAUUCACAAUCACAAAUCAUCCUCUACCUUAACUCUCCCCACAUCAUUUCAAGUAGGUAACUCCGACAUACAGUUUACACCCUCUGCUAGCAAUCUUGGCUAUAUUCUUUCUAACAACAUGUCUCUCUAUUAACAUAUCUCUCACAUUUGUCAUUCUGCAUACACCGCUAUCCAUCAGAUCAGUUCUAUUCGCCACUAUCUCACAGUUAGCACAACAAAAUACCUAGUCAGUGCUCUUGUACUCUCUCGUCUUGACUAUUGCAACUCUCUUCUGUCAGGUUCACCAAAACACUUCAUAGAAAAACUACAAAAGGUUCAAAAUUCAGCUGCUAUGCUCGUUCUCAAUGCAAAAAAACGUGAUCACAUCACUCCACUCACUUCAUAUACAUGCAUGCAUUGUCUGUUCUCUGUCACAACUUUUUCUUGAAUUUCUGCCCUUCCUAUCUAACCAAAAUUCUUUCUGUCAAUUCACUCCUUCAACAGCUUCGCUCCUCCGCAGACACGUAUAUUCUGUCUGUUCCCAAGACACGCACUAAAACAUUUGGUGACCCAUCUUUCUCUUUCUGCACCCCCAAACAAUGGAAUUCUGCCACUACACAUCCGCAAUAUACCAACCACUCAGGCCUUCAAAACUGCACUCAAAACACAUCUCUAUAAACUCUACUACCCUGACUGAUUCCCCCCCUCUGACUGAUAAACCAUGCUGCUGGCUUGACAUGUAAAAGUUCUGGGGUGGGGGGGGGGGGGGUUUGAUUAUACUUUUGUUUUUUUUUUGUUGGUGUACAGCUGUUCUUCAUUAAAUAAAUGUAUUUAUUUUAAAGUCACGAUUAUGUCUCUUUUGCUAAUAUUUUUUUAUGUACAGCGUGGUGAGCCUAGGCUGGGGUACCGCGCUAUAUAAGACCAUUUACAAAUUAUGAAGGAAGAAAAAAUUCUCAUGUCAUUAAUGGUAAUUUUAAUGAUUUGACUAGGUUUUUGAUGCAUGUGGAAAAUAACCCACACCUUUGACUUGGAACUUGACCUCUCUGUCUCUCUAACUUUCAAUCAUUAUUUUGGUAUUAAUUUGCUUAUCUCACUUUGCUUACCAAUGAAAUACCAUUGUACUCUUCAUUUGUUUUUCAGGUAACAUUUAAAAAGAACAAAGAGAAAAAGAAAAAAGCUGUUAAAGAAAAGAAAGAGAAAAUAUUGGCAGAGAAUGCGGCUCCAGAGACUGAUGUGGUGAAUGCAAACACUUCAGAGAAAACAAAAAACGUUGCAGAGAAUGGAAAUAAAAACAUCAGCGGAUCAACAGCCUUGAAGAAGAAGAAGGGUAAAAAACCCACCAUUUCAGAUGUGGCUCAGUCCUUUGAGGCAUUUGACUACGCAACAGCUGAGGCAUCCUUGCGUAAAGGCACGUAAACAACCCAUUAGAUGUCUGUCUAAUUCUAGAUGUGUUAAACCACUCCUAUCACAGUGAUGUUGAUGUUUAGAGAUAACUCUCAAUCUGACUUUAAAGUUUGUACAGUACCGUACAUGAUUAGUUGAUUUGGUUAUGCUGAUGGCAGGGAACUUGUCAAAAUAUACUGAUAUUCAUCCUAUAUUUAAUAAUUGAAGGUUAAUCCAUUUGUAAUUCAUAGAAUACAUUUUAUGUUUUAAUUAUUAUUUAAUUUCAUUCAUUUUUUUUUUACUCAAAGAAAUGUAAAUCAACAAAUUUCAUUUUUUAAAAUAUUUUAUUUCAUUUUUUUAAAAAGCAUUACAUUAUUACAUAUCCAGAUUUGUGACAGAGGCUAAAUUACAUCUACAUUAGAGAAAUUUUAUUCGAUUUAUUAUUUAAAUAAUGGUGGGAUGCCGAUUUGGGCAGUGAUAGAAAUGUUGUCAUUUUUUUUACAACCUUAAUUAAUUCUGAAAGAUAUUUUUCAGGGAUAGUAUUUAAAAAUUCUCCUAACCUUAAGAUUGCUCAUUGCUAAUCAUUCCAAGGCCUGAAAGAGUUUGUUUCCUUGACGAUUUCUUUGUUACUAAAUCAACAAUUUGUGAAUGUGGUAGUAGUAUAGUCAUCGAUCCUUCACAUUCGUCAUCUUUACUUGAUCACAAUAAAAUGGAGUGCUAUAUGCCCAUUCGGAAGAGUCGGAUGUUAUAUAUUAAUAACAAACUUACCAUGUACCGGUACUUAAACUUUAAAGAAGACUGGCAUCAUGUAACCUAUCCCUUGUAUUUAUCUAUUUUUUUGCAGACAAUAAACAGAAGAAAAAAUCUGAUGUUUACAAUCCAUCUCUUCCAUCACGUUCAGGCAAAAGCAAAGAUCAGGUAACAUUUUUAAUGGCAGAAUAAGAUCCAAUAAUUAAACUGCAAAAUUUUGUUGAAAAGCACAAAGAUGGCAAUGCUUUUCUCAGAUUUCAAUACUGCUUGGACAUAAUUCUGCCCUCUCUUAGAUAAAAUUGUGUACUGGGUAUCCUGAAAAAAUAACAAAUCCAAAUCUUUCUGAGAAAAUAGAAAUGAUAGAAUGUGAACAGGGAUAGAAAAAAAAUAUUAAAACUUAUAACAGAAGUAGCAAAUCGUUAAUACUUUCAAAAUGGUUUCUUUUAUAAUUCAAAACAAACAUAUGUUACAAAAUCUCAGAGCUGUUAGAGGAGGAUCAGAUUUGUAUUUUCUAAAUUUACAAAGUUUGUUCUAAAUUACUAUUUGAAAUAUUUUACUUAUAUUUUAAAGAUUUUCCUAUUUAAUUUUUAAUCCUAAUUAUAUUUACAUUGAGAAAAACCAAAUGUCCCUGGAUUAAUUAAAAAAUAUUUACCGAAAAAGAAAUAUAAAAUUAAAUUUUAAAAAUUCAAAUGCAUCUUAUUGAAUCCUAUUAGUUUAAAAUCGUGUACCCGGCAUUUGGAAUUUUCUAUUUUAUUCUAAGUAAUAUGAGAAGAAUCAUUGUACCCAGCUGUACAUUUAUCAUUUACAUUAAUCAUUAAGUUAACAAGUUUUGAUUUUAUAAGUUGAUUUAAAUUCUCUCCCCUUAUUUGUGUCCACAGGCGAGGAAACCAAAACUUGCAUGUGCCAAAAGCAACAAAAGUGUCAGUUUUGGACUAGCAGGAAAGAAGGGCAAGAAAGCAUGAUGUUAGCUGCCGACACAUUACAAAAUUUUUAAAUAAAAAAUGUUCUAAUUGAGAAUUAAUGUUCCACAGUGUAAAAUUUCCAAAAAAAAAAGACAAACCUCUCAGAUGUGUUCAGUAUUGCAUGGUUGAUGUUUCCAAAUGUAGUUUGUUUGAAGUUUUGUCCCACGCUCAUUGCUAAAUGAUCAUAAAAUACAUGUUUUAAAAGAUCUUUGUGUCAGGUUUUAUUGUUUUCUUGUUAUAAAAAAUGUAUUAGUAUUAGAGCAGGUCAUGUAAGAGCAUGAUUUGUUGUAGUGUAAACAUUGUCAAAUCAAUGCUGGCUCCAAGCGACACAUGCAAGGUCCUGACUAUAAUAGGUCAUGUACCCAAACUCACUACGUCCCCAACAUUAUCCAGCCCUAAAGGGACUGAAAUCAAAAGUUAAUAUGAAAAGUCAGAGAAACAUGUUCCCCAAGAAAUAUUUACUAACGGAAAUCAAAAGAUAUUGAUUGGGAUAUAGUUAAAGGAAGAGGUUUCGGUCAAAUGAUAAUUAUGCUAUUUUGUCUCCAAAAUGAACUUUAAAAAAAAAUUAUUACAGUAUUUACAGUAUUAUAUACUAAACAAAAUAGUGCAAUGUUCCUAAAAAAAUAUCAAGUCCUAAACUUUUGCUUGUUGAUUGUAUGAGUUAAUGAGCUAGUAUUCCUCUACAUAAAACACCUCUGAAAUCUUGUUACAAAGAAAUGUCAUUAAAAAAAUAAUUGAUCUCAUGACUUGCCCAAUAGAUGAAUAUUGAAUGACAGAGACACCCUGCCUGUCUAAAUGCUGUGCAUUGCAUUGCCCGACACCUGUGGGUAGGUAACUAACACUUCAGGAUAUGUCAGGUGCUUAUACAUUUGGAUUUUUUUUUUCACAGGCACUUAUUUCACUUAAGGUACAAAUGGGAAUCAAACCCUCUUAAAAGUUCAGCUGGGUAACAGUUCAAAAGGUUCAUUUCAGUACAAACAUAAGUUUGCUUCGAUAUCAACUAAAGCUUGGGUCCAGUUCCACUACCACUGAGCUCCGGCACAUUCAGUAAUUAUCGCGCUGAUUAAUAGCGUUGAGUCAAAAUGGAUCCAGACACGCAGCGCCUCCAUUCGCACCCGGGUACCAUUAGACUCAAGCUCUUCGGAUGUCAUUUGUGGUAGUUUAUUUUAGUUAAACUGAAGAAUUAAGUUUACAAACAUAUAGUCCAUUCAAUUAUCUUUCAUUUGGUACCUCAUUUUGUCUUCUUCUUCGUCUAUAUCUUAAGGGCCCAGGAUCAAUUUAUUGAUCAUUUUGGCUCCUAUGCAUGUAGAUGGGAUUUGCAAUGUUUCUGUUACUGGUGUUGAUGAGGAAAUCAUGCACUAGGGGUUUGAAACCCUUACAAACCCAACAAUGAAAUUUUAAAUAGUUUUUUAAUCCCAACCUCUCACUUCUGGUACCCGGGUACGAAUCGUCGCAGCCAAUUAUCAUUCUUGUAAUUACGGAUGGAGCCGUAUCCUAACAGUUGAACGGAGUCGUUUCCUAGCAAUUGGACGUAGCCGUAUCCUAUUGUCAAUUGUUUUUAGGAGUUGUUAUUAUUUGUGUUUUAAUUUUAAAUUUAACAACCCCUAAAAACAAAGUUUUUCGUAAAAAUUAUCCUUUAUAAAAUGUAAUAUCGAACAAUGGGGGUUGGGCUAAAAAUUUGACAAAACAUACAUACAUGUAACACACUUUAUAAGAAUCACAUUUAGAGCCCCCCCCCCCUCCUGCCAAAGGCUCGCAACCAAACAUUUUCUUCACGUCCCUGAAACAUAGUAAUAUUCUUAGGAUAAUUCUAAUGACCCCAUCGCUUUUGCACAACAGAUUUAUUUCACCAACAAUUUUAGAAAAAAAAAAGAAAAUAGAACGCACCAAACACACUUGCAAUAUUUGUUAAAAGUAGUCUCAUUUAGUGCAGUUAUCAGGAAUUUAAUUUUAUUUUCCCCAUGAAAAAAAAAAGGUAAAACUGAUUUUUGGGAGUUGGGGCUGUAAAUUUGAUAGACCGUGUUGUCAUCGGCCUCGGCAACGAGUGUAUGUGCCAAAUGUCAGCUCGAUAGAUUGGCAAGAGUCAAUGAGCCGUCCGAAGAUUUGACAUCCAGCCAACCCCAACUAAAAGCGGAAUUAAAAUAUAAAGAAUUUAAUAAUUAUGAUGAUAAUAAUAAUAAUACAACAACAUGUUUCUCCUUUGACUCUCCAAUCCCCUUCUCAAUGUUGAUCAAUCCCUGCAUUGGUCUGCACAUAAUUUUACACCAGAUCUGGAUGAUGCAAUUUUAAAUUUG